ACCCCAGGAUGAGUACCCUCCCGUCCUUCUUACAGCUCAUUUAAAAAAAAAAAAAGCCUGCCACAAAAGUCUCCUGCGCUGCUGCGGGAAGCGCAGCUUUGUGAAGCCUGUGGAUGGGGCGCGCAGCCAGGUCCCGCCAGCCGCAGUAGAGCCCCAACUGCAAACCGCCCGGGAGCUUCUUUGCUCCAAGUCCCUCGGGUGCGCAGCGGUGGUUCGAAGGGGCCGGGGGCGCGGGACCGAGCGGCGCGGAGCCCACCACCGCAGCCCGAGGGGGACCGCCCCGAGCUGCUGGGCGCACGGAGCGCGCCUCCGCUCCCCCGGCGCCGGCACCCGGCAGCCCGGGCGCCCCAGAUUCCGGCAGCAUUAUGGCAGAGCAUAGCCAUGUGCAACAACAGCUGGAUUUACAGAAUGGUAGUUUAGAGGCACGCUUUGCGGCAAAUUCCCUUGAGAACGAUUCCCAAAACAUGAUGGAGAGCCUGAGCCCGAAGAAGUAUUCUUCCAGCCUGAGAUUUAAAGCCAACGGAGACUAUUCUGGCUCCUACCUGACACUCUCACAGCCUGUGCCUGCGAAGAGAAGCCCUUCCCCUUUGGGGACCAGUGUCAGAAGUAGCCCCUCCCUGGCCAAAAUCCAGGGAAGCAAGCCAUUCUCCUGUGAUGGCACUGACAAGAAUAUUUCCAUGAAACCUCCUCCUACUCCUUUACGCAGCACUUCACCCUCCGUCGGUGGAUAUUCGCGUGGAAGAACGGACUUUGAUCAUUACACUGGCCGGGACAGUGAAAGGUCCUUGAGGCUUUCGGAGAAGCCUCCCUAUUCCAAACAUAGCUCCAGAAACAAAUCCCACGACAACGUCUACUUUCUCGGAGGGCUGGAAAGCCGCAAGGCGUCUGGCUCCCUCCUGGCCAUGUGGAAUGGGAGCUCCCUGAGCGACACCAGCCCCUCUCCCAUCAGCAGAUCAGGGGCGGCGAGCAUGCCCUCAAGCCCAAAGCAAGCCAGAAAAAUGAGCAUCCAGGACAGCCUGACCCUGCAGCCCAAAUUGACCAGACACAAGGAGCCGGCAUCUGAGAACAUGGGUGUAAGAACUAGGAAGUAUUCGGGCAGCAGCCUGAGUCACAUGGGAGCCUACAGCCGAUCGCUGCCCAGGUUGCACAGGGCCACAGAGAACCAGCUGACGCCUCUCACGUUGCCUCCAAGAAACUCUCUGGGCAAUUCCAAACGAGCCAAGCCGGGGGACAAGGACCUACCUCAUAGCAUCAUAGACAACGACAAUUACCUGAAUUUUUCUUCUUUGAGCUCAGGCGCUUUACCCUAUAAAACCUCUGUGUCCGAGGGCAGUCCUUACGUAAGCUCCACCCUCAGUGUCCCGGGCAGCCCUCGCCUGGCGCGGAAGAUGCUUCUGGCCUCCACCUCCUCCUGUGCCUCUGAUGACCUCGAUAAGGCGUCCUACUCGGGGACCAGCUCCAAUCAUUCGUUUCCUCCCGGAGAGCCAGACAGGGUGUUCGUGGCCAGGAGGAACUUCUCUUGUGGGUCUGUCGAGUUGGAUGAUGCAGAUUUGGAGAGCCUCAGACAGGCCUCAGGAACUCCCCAGCCUGUCCUUCGGGAACGGAAAAGCAGCAUCAGUUCCAUUUCAGGACGAGACGACCUGAUGGAUUACCACCGGCGGCAAAGGGAGGAGAGACUCAGGGAGCAGGAGAUGGAGCGAUUGGAGAGACAGCGUCUGGAGACCAUCCUCAGCCUCUGUGCUGAAUACACGAAGCCUGACAGUCGCUUGUCCCUUGGCACCACCGUGGCAGAUGUGCAGAAAAUCAAUAAGGAGCUUGAGAAACUGCAGAUCUCUGAUGAGGAAUCUGUGUUUGAAGAAGCCCUGGUGAACCCCGAUGUCAGAUACAGGUGCCACCAGAAAGGCGCUGGCCACGAGGCGGACGUGGCAGUCUUCGGGAGCCUGAGUCAGAGCAGUGCCAGCUUCCUUUCCCCCAGGAGCGCCAUGAACGAGGAGCUGCUCAGGGACCUCGCCAGGACUCCCCCACCGCCCCCCUCUGCCUUUCUGAAAGCUUCCAACGAGUCCUCUUACCUAAGUAUCCUGCCAAAGACUCCAGAGGGCAUAAGUGAGGAACAAAGGAUUCAGGAGCUGGCUGCAAUGGAGGAGACCCGGAUAACAAUUCUGAACAACCUUGAGGAACUUGAACAAAAAAUCAAAGAUAUAAAUGACCAGAUGGAUGAAUCUUCCAGAGAGUUGGAUAUGGAAUGUGCUCUUUUGGAAGGGGAGCAGAAGUCUGAAACAGCUGAACUGAUGAAAGAGAAGGAGAUUCUGGAUCACAUAAACCGGAAGAUAGCAGAACUGGAAAAGAACAUUGUUGGUGAAAAGACCAAGGAGAAGGUAAAGCUUGAUGCUGAAAGGGAAAAACUAGAGAGGCUCCAGGAGCUGUACUCCGAGCAGAAGACCCAGCUGGACACUUGCCCUGAGUCCAUGCGGGAACAGUUACAGCAGCAGCUGAAGAGGGAUGCUGACCUGUUGGAUGUUGAGAGCAAACACUUUGAGGACCUGGAAUUCCAGCAGCUAGAGCAUGAGAGCCGUCUGGAUGAGGAAAAGGAGAACCUGACCCAACAGCUCUUGCGUGAGGUGGCUGAAUAUCAACGGAAUAUUGUUACUAGAAAGGAAAAAAUUUCUGCAUUGAAAAAGCAAGCCAACCACAUUGUCCAGCAGGCUCAGAGAGAACAAGAUCACUUUGUGAAAGAAAAGAAUAAUUUAAUAAUGAUGCUGCAAAGAGAAAAGGAAAAUCUUUGUAAUCUGGAAAAGAAAUACUCCAGCCUCUCUGGGGGGAAAGGGUUUCCUGUCAACCCAAAUACUCUAAAGGAGGGCUAUAUCAGUGUAAAUGAAAUUAAUGAGCCAUGUGGCAAUUCCACGAAUCUAUCCCCUUCCACUCAGUUCCCUGCUGACGCUGAUGCUGUUGCCACUGGGCCUACCACAGCUGUACUGGUGAGCCAGCCACAAAAUAAAGAGCAAAGAUCACCUGUCUGUCCUGGAUUUAUGUUUCCUUCUACCCUUUCUCCUCAUCCUGUCACUCAACCUCCAUCAGCCCCUUGGCCUGAAGUCAUGGCUCCGUCUGUCAAUCCCUUCCCUUUAAAUGACACACCUCCUCCUCUGCCAGCUAAGAAACACAGAAGGCAGCAGCAGCAGGAGCAACAGCACUUUAGAAGUCUGGAAGAAAGGAAAAAACAGCAUAAAGAAGGCCUCUAUCUGAGUGACACUUUGCCUCGAAAGAAAAGCACUCCUUCCAUAUCCCCACACUUCAGCAGUGCUACUAUGGGGAGAAGCACCGCCCCGAAGGCUCACUUGCCCCUGGGACAGAGCAACAGCUGUGGCAGCGUGCUCCCUCACUCGCUGGCAACCAUGACCAAAGACUCAGAAUCUCGGAGGAUGCUCAGAGGCUGGGAUUCCAUCCUGACUGCUCAGCCUCUCUGCCAAUGGUAUCAGGGGAUAAUCACCGGUUUUCUAUCAGACAAAAAAAAAGGAAAAAAAUAUAUACAUUUUGGAAGAAUGAAUUUCUCAGCAGGGUAUAAUCACCAACAGAUGAGUGAAGGACAAAGGCAGAAAUCUUCAGAGUUUUACAACCGCACAGCAUCUGAAUCAAAUGUCUACUUGAACAGUUUCCACUACCCAGAUCAUGGCUACAAGGACCAGGCCUUUGAUACUUUGAGCCUAGACAGCUCUGAUAGCAUGGAGACCAGCAUCUCUGCUUGCUCACCUGACAAUAUUUCUAGCGCCAGCACUUCAAAUAUUGCCAGGAUAGAAGAGAUGGAGAGACUUUUGAAGCAGGCUCAUGCAGAGAAGACACGGCUGCUAGAAUCCAGGGAACGGGAAAUGGAAGCCAAAAAACGAGCUCUGGAAGCAGAGAAACGACGCCGAGAACUCCUGGAAAAACGAUUGCAGGAAGAAACUAGCCAGAGGCAGAAGCUGAUUGAAAAGGAAGUGAAAAUAAGGGAGAAACAAAGGGCGCAGGCUCGACCUUUGACACGCUAUCUGCCUGUCCGGAAGGAAGACUUCGAUUUGCGGAGCCACGUGGAGACUGCUGGCCACAAUAUCGACACCUGUUAUCAUGUGUCCAUCACAGAGAAGACCUGCCGAGGAUUCCUCAUCAAAAUGGGUGGAAAAAUUAAAACUUGGAAAAAACGUUGGUUUGUUUUUGAUCGGAACAAGCGCACAUUCUCUUAUUAUGCAGACAAGCAUGAAACGAAAUUAAAAGGAGUAAUAUACUUUCAAGCCAUUGAAGAAGUAUACUAUGAUCACCUCAAGAAUGCUAAUAAGAGUCCUAACCCAUUACUCACCUUUAGCGUCAAGACACAUGACAGAAUCUACUACAUGGUGGCCCCAUCACCGGAAGCCAUGAGGAUCUGGAUGGAUGUCAUAGUUACUGGGGCAGAAGGCUACACUCACUUCAUGUUGUAGUGAACUGGAGCGACAGUCCACUUCAGGGCAGACGGCAAUAAUCUCUUACAAGAAUGAAGCCAUAUUGUAUCCCAGAUGGAAAGACCCUACAGACCCAUCCCUUUCACUGUGCAUACUCAUAACUCUUUUCAUAUUAAGAGGAAGCCAUUUGUAAAUGAGAAAGAAGGGAUUUUAAUUCAAAGCUUGAUCAUAAAUAGCAAAAGAAUCAAGCACCUGUGAGAAAGAAAAUACUAUUUUGGUAAAUAGCAUCACUUAGAGGAGCAUUUCUAAUAAACUAUUUUUUAUCAAUUGUUGAUCUCGGUGAACUAAACAGUUUACAAAAUGUACAUACUUGGAAAUAUGUGAUUACUCUAGCACCCAAAUCAUUGGUAUUGACAUUAUUGGUAUUACCUGGCUUUUUAAAAACAGGAGCAUUUUGCUGAAGAUUAUUAUAAAUAUGAGCACACAGGGCCUUGGGGAAGAAUAUAUUACAGGAGGAACUUUUGCCCUAAUUUUUAAGUAUUGCACCAAACCAAAGACUUGACAUGACCUUUGUUUAAUGGUAGUAGUUUCAAGUGAUGAACUGCAUUUCGUGUUAUUCUACACUUUAAAAUGAUGCUUUGAUGCCAUCAAGUGCCCAGGCAGUUGACUUUGAAGAGUUGCCACCAGCAUAAGCUACUGUAUAUGUAUAGCAAACCAUUUUUUUGUAAAAGAAGAAAGAACAGAAAGCUGUGUAUUUUAGAAAAAAACAAUCUUGGACAUAUUUUGUCACAUUGGGCAACUAAAAUAAAAAGACUAUUUAAUAUUAGGAGCUUGUUUUCCUGAAGAUUUCUCCAUUCCCAGCGCUGAAAAUACAGGUAACCAGUAGCCAAUUCCUUAGAUUGUUGGCUUUUCCUUUGUUACAGAGCACACCUGUUAAUUGCAGCCUCACAUGACAUAACUAUGAAAUCAGAUUUGUGGUUUUUUUUUAACCAAAGAACAGACCAAUUAAAAUACUUAUUUACAGAAUGCUGUAGUUUUAUAAAAUAUCAAAUGAAGUUCAAUCAUGUUCUCUGAAAUGUACUAUUUUAUCAUGUAUCUCUUUACAAUAAGCCUUUGUUUCUUAGAGUUAAAUUAAUUUUUGGUUGAAUUAAAUGACUUCAGGCAAGUCUCUUUCAUAACAGUUUUUUAAAUGCCAUUUAUCAUGGUUUGUUAUGUUGUGUGUUUGUAAGUAUGAAUGUACUUUCCUAAAAACGUGGCAAAUGAAUAGAAGUAGAAAAUAAUGACAAUACUUACUAGUGAAGGUGAAAUGAUUAGAAGUGUCCAUGAAAUGUUUGUCAGGCCUGACUGGGUACAAUUUUUUACAUUUGCAGUGUGCUUUGUGUAUAUGUAUACAUACUGCCAAUAAUAAGAUUUUGCAACUGGAUGACACAUGAUUUUACUUGAACAGUAGAGGACAAAAUCACGAUUGCAGGAGACAUUUUUAUUAUCUGGGUUUGCUUUUUCAGAGAUCACCCUUAAAUCUUGUAAUGAUCUAAAAAAGUGAAUAUAAUCGCUUAAAUCUUCUUGGUUUAAUGUAAAGAUACAACUUUUUUGUACUGUACUCUCUGCAUAGGAUUGUAAAGAUAUUCUAAUCAACUUUAUAUCUUGCAUGAUGUAGUAAACCUUUUAAAAAUGUGUGUCAAAAUGUGUUGAGUUUGGAUUAAAAUGUUGACCAGA